AUGAAAUUGCUUCUUGAAAUUUUCCUAAUUUUAACCACCACCACUGGAAGCUUCCACAGUUGUCGCCAUGAGCGCGCGUGCAGCAGGAAGGCCCUGACAUUGCUGAGCAGCGUCUUUGCAAUCAGCGGCCUGGGGCUGCUUGGAAUGGCGGUCAGCACCGACUACUGGCUGUACCUGGAGGAGGGCGUCAUUAUGCCUCUGAACCAGAGCCUCGACAUCAAGACCUCGCUGCACUCCGGCCUCUGGAGAGUCUGCUUCCUGGCCGGUGAGGAGUCUGGUCGAUGCUUCACCAUUGCCUACAUCAUGCCCAUGAACAUCCAGUUGACUUCUGAGUCCACAGUCAAUGUGCUUAAAAUGAUCCGCUCAGCCACUCCAUUCCCUCUGGUGAGCCUCUUCUUCAUGUUCAUCGGCUUCGUCCUUAACAACAUCGGCCAUGUCCGGCCUCACCGCACUAUCCUAGCGUUUGUCUCUGGGAUCUUUUUUAUCCUCUCAGGCCUGGCUCUGGUGGUGGGUCUGGUGCUGUACAUCUCCAGUAUAAAUGAUGAAAUGCUGAACAGGACUAAGAGCAGUGAGGCCUAUUUUACAUACAAGUACGGCUGGUCCUUUGCCUUUGCUGCCAUAUCUUUCCUGCUCACUGAGAGUGCAGGCGUCAUGUCUGUCUACCUGUUCAUGAAGCGCUACACAGCAGAGGAGAUCUACCCGCCUCGUCACCCCAGUUUCUACCGCCCCCGUCUCAGCAACUGCUCCGACCACUCAGGCCAGUUCCUCCACCCAGAGGCCUGGUCGCGGGGCAGAAGUCCUUCUGAUAUCUCGAGUGAAGCUUCACUCCAGAUGAAUGCCAGCUACCCCGCUCUCCUCAAAUGCCCUGACUAUGAUCAGGUUUCUUCUUCACCCUGCUGA